CCUUAUUAAGAACGUCAAAAAAAAGUAGGAAAUGAAAAAGAAGAUUUAUAGGGAAAAAAGAGGCGAAAAGGCCAAGGAAAAUAGUUAUUUGUAUAGAGGAAUAUUUAUUUUUGAGAAAGCUUUUUUUCUGGAAAAAAUUGACUCAAUUUUAGGCAAAAUAGAGGAAUUUGAAGAAAGUAAUAAAAUCCCGAUUUUAUUGGCAAUGUGGGAUUUUGGACAUUGCGAUCCUAAGCGUUGUUCUGGCAGAAAAAUGGCACGUCUUGGGUUGAUAAAAACAUUAAAAAUGGGGCAGAAAUGGAACGGAAUAAUUCUUUGUCAUGAUAUGGAGUUAUUUUUAUCUAAAGAAGAUGCACCUUUAUUGAAAGAAAUGGGGGUAGCAGUGAUAGAAUGCUCUUGGCAAAGAAUAGACGAAAUUCCAUCGAAAUGUGUCAGAGGAGGACAUUUUAGAGCAUUGCCAUACCUUGUUGCAGCAAAUUCAGUUAAUUAUGGUCGUCCUUGGAAACUUAGUUGCGCAGAAGCCCUUGCUACGUGUCUUUAUAUCACAGGUUAUCAAUCAUAUGCACAUAUUCUUUUAUCAUAUUUUUCAUGGGGAGAAACCUUUUUUCGUAUUAAUUCAGAGUUUCUAAAUUCAUAUGCUUCAUGUUCAAAUAAUUUUGAUAUUAAAAUGGCUCAAAAUGCAUUAUUAUCGUCUUUAUCGGCUGAAUAUUUAGAAAAUAAACAAAACUCUAUUGUAUUUCCUUCUUCUGAGGACUCAUUUGAUGAAACAAGUCAUUCAGAAAACGAUGAUAACAAUUUUCAAAAGAAACAAUCAUCUUCAUCUGAAAAAAAAUAA